AUGACAACUGAUCACAUCUAUCAGGAUCCUGAUGACUUUGUCUUUUUCGUAACCCAAGAACAAUACGAUGCGGAAACGAGGCUUCUUCGUCGGUCUGCCGCGAAAGCACAAAAACGCAAGGAGAAAGUCAGAAAAACCAAAACCUCCGAUGAUUCAAUUAAAAAGAGUCCUCAAAAGAAAUCGAGAAUGCGCACAAGAUCACAGGUCUCUAAAAGAGAAUCUGCCCAUGCGCAUGGUUGUGCCCUUCUCAUCAUAAAAACGAUUUUGAGCAGACGACCAAAGGACUUGCGCAGGAGUUCGACUUUCUUAGAGCACGCUGCAGCUGCUCGGUCGAGUCCGGCGAUCGCGAAGUUCUUUGGCAGCAAAGACCCAAGAUAUACUAGCUGGCAAAUCGGACGAAGAACAGAUCCCGCCUACUACGCAGAAUUGGAUUUGAUAUCAGUUUUGCGAAGGAUAGCCGAAGCUAGAAGCGACGAUUAUUUCGGGAGCGAACACUUCCUCAAGCCAGUAAAAAGAUUCAUCCAGAAUCCACUUGCUGAGAAGAUUUACAGCCUAUACAAAGAGGAAACCUUCGCCCGUUUCGCGAGAGAAGAAGAAGAUACAAUGAUUGUUGAAUAUUGUAACAAACAUUUUCCAUUGUAA